GAUUAAUAUGAGGGGUGCUAGGCCAAAAUAUUGAUUGCAAAAUCCAGCCUCGAGCCAAUUUCAAUGCAAUAUUAUUCUUUGAGCUUCUGAUCCUACUACAAGAGAAUCUGUACGGGAUCUAUUGCAACAACUAUGAUCUCUUCUUUUGAAAUGCAUUUGAGAAAUAAAUUGCAAUAUUGAUUACAAAAUUAUUAUAGCCCCCUAAAUUUGGACUAUUCCAAUUUUCAGUAAUUUAAUUGGCUGAUACACUUAACAUGGCGAAGCUGACCACCCGAUCGGACGUCUAAAUUCCACACAAUAUUUCAUGGUAUUGUGACACAAACAAGAUGUAACCACCUAUAAACGUUAAAUAACAUUUCUGGAUUUUAUUAAGACAAUAUCGGCGAGUCAAAAUGUCAGACGAUGACUAUGAAGCUCUACCUGAAACGAGUACCGUCUCAACUCACAUGUUGGCAGGAGCUGCUGCAGGAAUAAUGGAACACUGUGUCAUGUAUCCUGUUGAUUGUGUCAAAACAAGGAUGCAGUGCCUUGUUCCAGACCCUAAAGCCAACUAUAGAAGUUUAGCUGAUGCUUUCUACCGUAUCGUCCGCUAUGAGGGAAUAGGCAAUACUUUACGAGGCAUCAAUGCUCUAGUCGUGGGGGCUGGACCUGCUCACGCUAUGUAUUUUGCCUGUUAUGAAAAAUUAAAGACACUUCUUCAUGGUGGGGCUAGUAAAAACAAUGCAUUGGCCCCUCUUGCAAAUGGUGCUGCUGGGUGUUUUGCUACAGUGCUACAUGAUGCUGUAAUGAAUCCUGCUGAUGUGGUCAAGCAGCGUAUGCAGGUAUAUAACAGUCCCUACAAAGGUUGUAUGGAUUGCUUCAGGACUGUAUACAGGACAGAGGGGGGUAUUGCAUUCUACCGCAGCUUUACCACCCAGCUAGCCAUGAACAUCCCUUUCCAAUCUAUACACUUUGUUAUGUACGAACUAUGCCAAGAUUUGUUGAACAAGGAUCGUGAGUACAACCCUGUAUCUCAUAUGGUCUCUGGAGGCCUGGCAGGAGCAAUGGCUGCUGCAGUCACAACUCCUUUAGAUGUCUGCAAAACCCUUUUGAACACCCAGGAAAAAUGUGCUCUAACAAAGCAUAAUGCUAUCGAUGGGAUGGCACAAGCAUUUAGAACUGUAUAUGAAUUCCGUGGCUUUCCAGGGUUUUUCCGUGGGGUAAAUGCAAGAAUUGUAUAUCAGAUGCCUUCAACGGCGUUAUCUUGGUCAGUCUAUGAGUUCUUUAAGUACUUCAUCACGCAGCGUCAAACCAUUGAAGAACAUUACAUAGACUUUGACCAACCAUUGAAGGCUAGGGUAGGCUCAGUCUCUGCAGCAGAGACCUGAUGAUAACAUAUUGUAGACACAAUGUCAUGAAUGUCAUGCUUAAUUUACAAAUAAGAGUGAAAAAGAAUGGAAUUACAUGUAGCUCAAAAUAAAGUACAUCCGUGCAGCAUGAAGUACAAACUCAUAUUGUGAUAAAGCAUGGCAUAAUUGACAUUGUAUACUGUAUGUUAUUAGAUAUCAUGUUAAAGUGGUCAUUACAUUGAUUUAACUAUGCAUCAUGAUAAACUAUUGGAAAUGAAUGAUAAAUAAAAAUGUAUGAUAGAGUACUCUAGCAGGGUUGCCAUGAUCAGGGAAAAAUUGAGGAAUUUUCCCGAAAAUGCCUAAAACGAUUAAGGAAUUCCAGAAUUCUGGUAAAAGAAAGGGAAUUUGAAGUCUGUGACCACAAAAUAAAAAGAUACAUGAAAAAACAUGCUAAAAUCAUUUAAAUAUCCAGUCAGUGAACUUUCGUAUAUAAAAUCAAUACAUUUGGUUUGUAAUUUUAUGCUUGAAUUAGGGAAAAAUCUGGGAAUUUUGAUUUGAAAAUGUU